AUGAAAUUGAAGGAAGUCAUGUGUAUUAGCGGAAUACUCGCUCUCUUUAUCAUAGAGUGCAGAGGAGGAAAUGAUGAUUCUGAUACAAUAGAUAAUACUACCCUAUCUAAAGCAAAAAAAAGAAAAGCAAGUGAAAUAACUAGCUCAGAGAAGGAUCAUACUGCUCAGCAGAAACCAAAGAAAAAAGCUGGAAAUGAAAUAGAAAAAGAAAAGCCAAAAAGAAAUGAAGGUAAAAUAGAAAUAAAAGAUUUAGAUUUUGAGCUGUGGAACAAGAAAAGACUAGACAACAUAAGAAGAAAAAGUUAUAGAUUGGCUUAUAACUCGCUAAGAAAUCACAAAAGCUUGAACAUAGACACGUCCUACAUAGAAAAGUUUUCAGACCGCCAAGAAAAACUUAAAAAAGAUAUUAAAGAAUAUUCUGAUCUUGCAUUAGAAAUAGAGGAUAGCUUAUUUUUGUACUUUAUUGCAAGCAGCACUACGUCAACAAACGCAAAAUACAAAGAAUGUUUUGGGCUGAAAGAGCUGUUUAAGAACAACGAAACUGAGUAUAUAGAAAAAAUAGAAAAGUUUAAAGGAUAUUAUUCUAGGAUAAUUGAUGACCUGAUAGCAUAUACAGAUAAGCAUCAGCAAAUAAAAAUAUUUAAAUCCAGUUCUAUAACAGAAUGGAAAGAGACUUUUGGCGAUAUCUACAUGCGAAAAUGUCUUGAUGUAGA